AUGAGGUCUCUCACCUCGGACUCGACCACGACCGUCUGUUCAGCGGCUCAGUUCCUGGAGCGGCUCAAAGGGAUGCGGCUAAACGAAGAUGAGGUCAUGGUGUCAUUCGACGUCACCUCUCUCUUCACUUCGAUCCCGCAAUGGCUAGCAGUCGAAACGGUUGGCGAACUGCUCGAAAGAAAGUACGACGAGACGGGCGAAAGCGUGAGACGGAGACAUCUCAUUCAACUGUUAAAGUUCUGCCGGAAGACGUUCUUUACGUUCGAAGGGAGAGUAUAUGAACAGAUCAAGGGGACACCGAUGGGAUCCCCGCUUUCGGGCUUCAUAGCAGAAGCAGUUCUACAAAAAGUGGAGACCGCAGUUUUUGAGAUCUACAGGCCAACAUUUUGGGCUCGGUAUGUCGAUGAUACCUUUGUCAUCAUCAAGCGGGAGAUGGUUCAAGAAUUUCACAAUGCCCUGAAUUCUGUCUCCCCUGAUAUCCAGUUCACAAUGGAGGCGGAAAGCAAUAAACAACUGCCGUUCCUGGACGUACUGCUUCAUCGGAAACCAAGUGGCCACCUAAAAACAACGGUGUAUAGGAAAGCCACCAAUACAGGCCAAAUCCUCAGCUACCACAGCAAGCACCCGUUAUCCCACAAACGCAGCUGUGUACGAACACUGUACAAAAGGGCAGAAACACACUGCAGCGAGCCAGACGACAAAAGGUUAGAAUUACGCAACCUCCAACGCCUCUUCAUGGCGAACGGCUAUCCUCGUAACUUCAUAGAACGCAACAGGCAGCCUGGUCCAGGCCGAAGCUCGGUGACAGAACGGCCAAAAAUCUGGCGGGCGCUUCCUUACAUUGACGGCGUCUCUGAGGCGGUCUCCCGUCUGCUAAGACCACUGGGGAUUGGCAUUGCCCAUCGGCCAGAGUCAACAAUUCGAAAUCUGGUCAUGAGACCUAAGACCCCCCUGCCACGCGGCGAAACAACGAACGUCAUUUAUCGGAUCCAGUGCAGUUCCUGUGAUAUGAACUAUAUUGGAGAGACCGGCAAAAGACUGCACACCCGUGUUGCAGAGCACAUGAGGGCAGUUAGGCGGAUGGACCCGUUGUCUCUAGUGGCAGAACACUGCGCAAACUCUGGACACACGUUCGCCUUCCAGAAUGCUGAAAUCCUGGGCCGGGGAAAUGACCGCAUCACGAGGGAAACAAUCGAGGCCUGGCACACUGGCGCGAACUCCAUCAACCGCAGCGUAGCGCUUCCUGAGGCUUACCAAGCCCUCCGGACGCAGCUUAGUGAACAGAAGAGCAGAGUCAGGCUGCGACAAGACAGAAACCCAAGUACGGCCGAGUCCAUGGGGGCCACACGCGCAGCUGUACUUCAACCUGAAUCUGACGAAGGUGCGAUCGUCACUACAGCCGGGUCGUCCACUUAUCUGGCAGGUGUGAGGACGAACGAUCGCAGUAACGCCAAGGGACCCGAUGAAGGUGCUAUCAUCGCUGCCACUCAUGCGGCAGGUGAGAACACAAGUGACUGCAGGGUGACAAAGAAGAUUGCCAGCCUAGGACGAGAGCUAAGGUCAAUGCAAACACGUGCGAUGACAGCUAGCGUCCAAACGACAGCUCCCGAAUAG